AUGAGCGAUACCAGUGAAACAAUAUGUUCCAUGUGUCAAUUGUUCUACGUGAACAAAUGGGUGCUCGGUACAGGUGGUGGUAUCGGCAUUAAACAGGACAACAUCGCAUACAUAUCACCAAGUGGCAUUGAGAAAGAACUGUUGGAACCUGAACAAAUUGUUAAAUACAAUAUACAGGACGAUACUUAUCAAUGUGGUGCGCCUGGAUUGAAACCCUCUGCGUGCACACCGUUAUUCCUGGAGCUAUUCAAGACGCUGGGUGCCUCGUGCGUCAUACACACGCACUCUAUCAAUGCGGUGCUUUGUUCAAUGAUAUAUGAGAAGGAGUUUACCAUCAAGGACAUUGAACAAAUCAAGGCGAUACCCAAAGGUGACGGUACCAAUUUGAGGAACGUUGAUACCCUACGUAUUCCAAUCAUCGAUAACGCUCCAGAAGAACAGGAUCUCAUGCCAGCGUUGAAGCAAAUGAUUAAGGAUUAUCCAAAUGCAUGUGCGGUACUGGUGAAAAGACAUGGACUCUUCGUUUGGGGCCCCACGCCAAAGAAAGCCAAGAUAUACAUCGAGUCCAUCGAUUACCUCUUUGAAGUAGCUCUCAAAAUGAAAGAACUCGGUCAAUGA